AUGGUUGGAGGUACUGUUCCUAUGAUUUUGUUUGUAGUUCUGUUCCUUGGUGAGUUCAACAAUUACACUACUUCUUACAAAGAAAGUACUUUUAAGGGGGUUCCUAGUUUUAGACGGGACGUAAUCUUAAAAAAUACGUAAAAUCAUGCUGAAAGAAUAUGUCCAAAGCAGCAGCCCAGUCGCAGAUUUUAGGGGUGAAAAAUCGAUUGCAAGGUGGCUUAAACUCGUACAUAAACCCCUUUCCGCUCAUUUUUUCACGGUUUUACAAAUUUUAUUUUAGCUUAAAAUGAUAUGUCUUGAGUUUUUAAGGCAUACUAAAAAGACCUUGGCACGAAAAUUUAUUCUCCAGCCCCUUGACUUCAAAAAAUUUGAUUCUGACAACAAGAGGAAUCGAGCCCAACAUCCUGGUUUCUAGACUUCCGCACUAGCCACUCGGCCACACCGCUCCCUUCUGGAGGAGGAGACCGACCACGCUAUAUAUCGCUUGCAAUGUUGCGGCUUUUCCAGGGUAUUUUAGCCUGCUUUUGAGCUUGUUCGACCCUUAAACCCCAAAUUGGGAAACUAAUUUUUACAGAUCUUUUAAAAGUGCUUUCUUUGUGAGUUUAUAUAGUUGCCUUACCAUCAUUUUAUUUUCCAUAUUUUAGUGAACGGAGCCUCGUGCGUUAAGUGCUACGUGUGUAGCAGCGACACUUGCAAAAAGGAUACAUGGAUUCAGAUUGAUUGCAGUAUUGGAUGCGUGAAGCUUGAGGGGUUCGUGUACGCAAAAGCGGGUGGGUUUUUGGUAGUGUUUUUAUUACGUAAAAGUUCCUUAUUCUGGCCACAACUUUUAACUUUUCGGAAACUGAACAGCCCAAACUUGGCGUGCAGGCUCAAUUCAUCGUGGAUUUAGUUUGCGAGGUACCUUCUUUUUUACGUACCACCUUACCCUUCAAAAACAGCUGCAGCCUGUGAUUUUACACUUUAUACGAUGAGACCUGCCCGGAACUAAGCUUAUUGCCUCCGUAUAAAACUAAAUGAGUCGUCAUAAUUCAUAGGUACCCUUAAAGCUAUAGAGCUAUUAUAGUAAAGAUUUGUUGUGGCCAGAAAAAGGAACUUUUUCCUUUUAUUAAAGACGUGAGCUGGGAGCGUCACCAGAGAUAGCUAUGGUCAAAAUUUUGGCUCCGGCUCCGGCUCCGGCUGUCAGCUCCCAGAGCCGGAGCCGAAGCCAAAUUUGCAGCUCCGGCUCCCGGCUCCGAUGAAAAAUUUAAAAAGGUCUUCGGCUCCGAAUCAAGGCUCCCGUGCAAAAAAAUUCUUUUAAAAUAUUUUUCAAAAAAUAAACGUUAUUAGUGCCAGAGAUCAUACACUUGCAGCCAAGUCGUAUGCACACAUCCUUCCCAGUAUUUUUCAAGCAAUUUGGUUUAACAAGAUCAUGAAAUUUUUACUUUUCUCAACACUGAGAUGCCUGGCUCCGACUUUGGGCUCCGGAGCCGUGAUAAUCUCUGGUGGUCAACUGGUUGUUUUCGCUUUAUGUCCUACCUUCUGUGUAAGAAUUUAGUUUACUUUUUGUUUCAGAACCGGAUUACUAUAUGCGAGGCUGUCUACGAUCUCCCCUGGACAAGUGCGAAAUUAAAAGAGAGUUUUUUACAACUCGAAGGAUGGCCCGGACAUUUCGAAAAAACGACCGACCCAGGAUCUUUUGGUAUUUUGCAUGGUUGUUGUACUAUGAUAGCUGA